CACCUGUUCUUUCGGACGUAAAACAGAGAAGCAAUGGAAAUCUCAAGCAUGAGGCAAUCCUUCCCUGAACUCGCCAUGGACUAUGACCGAACCGCCGAGCUAAAAGCUUUUGACAAAACGAAAGCUGGUGUCAAAGGACUGACAGAUGCCGGUUUGAAGCAUAUCCCAAAGAUAUUCGUCCGACCACCGGAAGAACUCGCCGAGGAGCUGAACUGUCCGCGCUCCAAUCUUCGGGUGCCGGUCAUUGACCUCGCCGGAAUCGAUAUCGCCGACCGACGCAAGGAGACUGUCGAGGAAGUCAAGGUUGCAGCAGAGAAGUGGGGCUUCUUCCAGGUGGUGAACCAUGAAAUCCCCUUGAAGGUAAUGGAUGGGAUGAUUCAUGGGCUGCGCUUGUUCAAUGAGGGAGACCAGGAGGUUAAGAAAGAACUCUACACUCGAGAUCGCCGGAGGAAAGUGAGAUUCAACUGCAACCAUGAUUUGUAUAAGUCCCAAACCGCCAACUGGAGGGACACCUUGACUAUCUCUAUGCUGGCUUCUGAUAGCUUCGAUCCGGAAAUACUACCCGUUUCAUGCAGAGAAACGACGACGGAGUACGCAAGGCAUGUUAUGAAGUUGGGAGACGCAUUGUUCGACUUGCUAUCUGAGGCUCUUGGGCUCAAGCCGGACCACCUAAGAGCCAUGGAGUGUGCCAAAGGAUGCACCCUGGUGUGCCACUACUACCCACCAUGCCCCGAGCCAGAGCUGACUCUGGGAGCCAGCACCCACUCCGACCCUUCCUUCCUCACCGUUCUCCUUCAAGACCAGAUUGGUGCCCUCCAAGUCAUACAUGAAGACCAAUGGGUUGAUGUCGAACCCAUCCCAGGAGGAUUAGUAGUAAACAUAGCAGAUCUUCUACAGAUUUUAUCAAACGACAAGUUCAAGAGCAUCCAGCACAGAGUGGUGGCCAAGAGGGCUGGACCGAGGAUAUCAGUAGCGUGCUUUUUCUCGGGACAUCUGACCGUACCUCCAAAGCCUUACGGGCCAAUCAAGGAGUUACUCUCAGAAGAAAGCCCCCCGGUGUACAGAGAGAUUACCUUAGAUGAAUAUGUCGGCAGAUUUUUUGCCGGCGGGCUUGAAGAGAAGAACAAACUUGAUUGUUUCAAGACACGAAAGGUAGCAGAUGCCUCAUUCUGA